CUGUCUUUCUUCUUUCUUCCCGGGCUCCCGGCGGUGACUGAAACGGGGCGGGGACUCGGGGUAGGGGUGACGCUUAGAACUUCUCUCCGGACCUAAGUAGGAGCCGAAGUCUCCCAGGGGAGAUCCUGAAGGGACCCCUGAGCCCUUCUGCUCCAGAGCUGCUUGUCCCGGGGUCCUCGGCCGGGCUUGGGGAUCUGCGCCCCCUGCCUCAAAUUGUAGAUCACACCACUGAGGCCCCUUGGCUGGGAAUCUCACUGGGCAGGCACCGGGUCAGGAAGGACAGCUCACCGUCACAGGGCCCAGGUGCCGGGGCCUGCAAGCCAGCUUGCAGGGCUCAGGAGGGGGGUACCAGCAUGGAGCAGCUUUGGGGUCCACUCCGGAGAGCGCGAGGGUUGUCCCCACGGUCCUCUCAGACCAUCUACAGGCGUGUGGAGGGCACCCAGCGGGGGCACCUGGAGGAGGGGGACAACGGGGAUGAGGGGCCCGAGCCGCCGGCCCCCUUCUGCCCCAUGGAGCUGAGGGGCCCCGAGCCCCUGGGCUCUAGACCAGGGCAGCAAAACCUCGGAUCCUGGGCAGCCGCAGGACGGAGGGCCGCCCCUUACCUGGUCCUGAUGGCCCUGCUGAUCUUCACGGGGGCUUUUCUUCUGGGAUAUGUGGCCUUCCGAGGGUCGUGCCAGGCCUGCGGGGAUGCAGUGGUGGUGGUGAGCGAGGAUGUGAACUAUGAGCCAGGCCCCGACCCCCACCAGGGCACCUUGUACUGGAGCGACCUCCAGGCUAUGUUCCUGCGGCUUCUGGGGGAGGGGCGCCUGGAGGACAUCAUCAGGCAAACCAGCCUUCGGGACCGCGCGGCCGGCUCAGCGGGGAUGGCCGCCCUGGCCCAGGACGUCCAGGCCGCGCUCUCGCGCCAGAGGCUGGACCACGUGUGGGCCGACACGCACUACGUGGGGCUGCAGUUCCCCGACCCGGCUCACCCCAACACCCUGCACUGGGUCGAUGCGGCCGGGAGGGCCGGCGAGCAGCUGCCGCUGGAGGACCCCGACGUCUACUGCCCCUACAGCGCCACCGGCAACGCCACGGGACAGCUGGUGUACGCCCACUACGGGCGGCCGGAGGACCUCCAGGACCUGCGGGCCCGGGGCGUGGAGCCGGCGGGGCGCCUCCUGCUGGUGCGCGUGGGGAUGGUCAGCUUUGCCCAGAAGGUGGCCACUGCCCAGGACUUUGGGGCCAGUGGGGUGCUCAUUUACCCGGACCCAGCGGAAUUCUCCUGGGACACACACAAGCUGGGCCUGUCCAGCCACCGGGCUGUGUACGGACAUGUGCACCUGGGGACCGGGGACCCCUACACUCCUGGCUUCCCUUCCUUCAAUCAAACCCAAUUCCCUCCAGUCCAGUCCUCAGGCCUGCCCAGCAUCCCAGCGCAGCCCAUCAGUGCCGACAUUGCCUCCCAGCUGCUGAGGAAGCUCGAAGGCCCUGUGGCCCCCCAAGAAUGGCAGGGGCACCUCCCAGGCUCCCCUUAUCGCCUGGGCCCCGGGCCUGGCCUGCACCUCAGGGUCAACAACCGCAGGGUCUCCACCCCCAUCAGAAACAUCUUCGGCUGCAUCGAGGGCCACUCGGAGCCAGACCACUACGUCGUCAUCGGGGCCCAGAGGGAUGCGUGGGGCCCAGGAGCGGCCAAGUCUGCGGUGGGGACGGCCAUUCUGCUGGAGCUGGUGCGGACCUUUUCCUCCAUGGUGAGCAACGGCUUCCAGCCCCGCAGAAGUCUUCUCUUCGUCAGCUGGGAUGGAGGCGACUUUGGGAGUGUGGGCUCCACAGAGUGGCUGGAGGGCUACCUCAGCAUCCUGCACCUCAAAGCCGUCGUCUAUGUGAGCCUGGACAACGCAGUGCUGGGGGAUGACGGGUUCCACGCCAAGACCAGCCCCCUUCUGAUCAACCUCAUCCAGAACAUCCUAAAGCAGGUGGACUCUCCUAACCACAGUGGGCAGACCCUCUACGAGCAGGUGAUGUUCACCAACUCCAGCUGGGAUGCUGAGGUGAUCCAGCCCCUGCCCAUGGACAGCAGUGCCUAUUCCUUCACGGCCUUUGCGGGGGUCCCUGCCGUGGAGUUCUCCUUCAUGGAGGACGGCCAGGCGUACCCGUUCCUGCACACGAAGGAGGACACGUAUGACAACCUGCACGCAGCGCUGCGGGGCCGCCUGCCCGCCGUGGCCCAGGCGGUGGCUCUGCUCGCCGGGCAGCUCCUCAUCCGACUCAGUCACGAUCACCUGCUGCCCCUCGACUUUGGCUGCUACGGGGACGUUGCCCUCAGGCACAUGAGCAGCCUCAACGAGUUUGCGGGGGACCUCAAGGCCCGCGGGCUGACCCUCCAGUGGGUGUACUCCGCGCGGGGGGACUACAUCCGGGCGGCCGAGAAGCUGCGGAAGGAGAUUUACAGCUCCGAGGGGAGCGACGAGCGGCUGAUGCGAAUGUACAACGUGCGCAUCAUGCGGGUGGAGUUCUACUUCCUGUCCCAGUACGUGUCGCCGGCCGACUCCCCGUUCCGCCACAUCUUCCUGGGCCGCGGAGACCACACCCUGGACGCCCUGCUCGACCACCUGCGGCUGCUGCGCACCGAGGGCGCCGGGGGCUUCCAGGAGAGCCGCUUCCGGCGCCAGCUGGCCCUGCUCACCUGGACGCUGCAGGGGGCCGCCAACGCGCUCGGCGGGGACGUCUGGAACAUCGACAACAAUUUCUGAGCCCAGGCCCGCUGCCUCCUCUCCCCACGGGAGCGAUUUCAGGGUGACGGAGGAGCCCUUCCGGCCCUAGCGGACAGACCCCCCACACGCACACACCCCCGGUCCUGCCCAGGUCGUGGGUGCGCAGGGCCUUCCAUCGUGUGGCGCGUGCUGUCAGCUAAUCAGAGAGCAGCGACGCUGGCUCAGUCACGGCCCCUUCCCCCUUCAGGAGCAGGGUCCACCAUGCUUGGGAACAGCCCCGAAGUGGAGGGUGGGGAGACGCUGGGACCAUCGCCUUAUGGCCACCAGGUGGUCUGUGGGGGGAGGCACGUGGGGUUCGGACUUCAGUAAACCACCUGCGAUACCUGUUGUCUGUGGGCACCUUUAGGCUUCCCCCUCACCCUUAGCCCCACCCUGGAACUGCCAGAGAAAAUAAUAAAGGCUCAUCCUCCAAAGAC